AUGGCAUUUUCUAUUGUUGCCAGCGUCGCAGCUAGUGUAGCUGUUGUUAUUGUAUAUGGAAUAGGCCUAGUGUUUUACCGACUCGUUUUCCACCCAUUGGCUGGAUUUCCAGGGCCCUGUCUUGCUGCUGCUACCUGGUGGUAUGAGUUCUAUCAUGAUACUCGCCUCGGUGGUGGUCUUUACAUUUGGCGCAUAGAGGACCUGCAUAAGAAAUACGGACCCGUUGUGCGAAUUAACCCAGAGGAGUUACAUAUAAUCGACACCGAAUUUCAUGAAGUCAUCUACGCCGGGGCUACAUCGGCUCGCGACAAAUGGGAUUUAGCAGAAAAGUCAGCCCAGUCGUUUGGGGCUACCGGUCACACGCCAAGUCAUAAGCUGCAUCGCAUCCGCAAAGACUCCCUAAGCCCGUUUUUCAGCAAGCGAACUGUCGCAGAGAGAGAACCUCAGAUUCGUGAAAAGGUAGAUCACUUGGUAUCAAGAAUUCAUGAAUAUGCUGGGAAAAAUCGACCGGUCAAUUUAACUGUCGCAUACAUUGCUUUGUGUAUGGAUAUUAUUACAGAAUACGCAUUUGGUAAGGAAUACGGCUUGCUGGCGGACGAUGAUUUCAAUGAACAGUGGAAGAAUACCAUAAUGUCCAUUGUCAGCAGCGUAGCUGUUCUUACUCACCUUCCCUGGAUUCCCGCAUUGAUGAGAAGUCUUCCUGAGUCAGUCCAGAAGAUUCUUUCUCCAGACGUGGCACAACUGCUUGAAUAUGAACAUCGCAUUCGUGAGAAGAUUCAAUCUGUUCUUAACGUUAAUCCUAGUUUAAAAAGCGAAAAACUAAGUGGGAAAUCAACAAUCUUCGAUGUUGUUCGGGAUAAUCCAAAGCUUCCAGAUUCCGAAAAGAAGCUCCAGCGCAUGUCUGAUGAGGGUAAUGUAUUGUUGAUCGCUGCCACGGAAACUCCAGGAAAAGUACUUGCGCUGCUAACGUACCACCUUCUUGCCGAUCCCAUCAAGCUUGCACGUCUACGUUCAGAAUUGGAGUCCAUCGGCCCAAAGCCUAGUUUGAGGGAAUUGGAAAGUCUUCCCUACCUUGUUGCUGUGGUGAAAGAAGGGUUACGCUUGCAUGGUGGCGUAGUAACACGGUCCAAGAGAAUAGCGCCGUACGAUGCCCUCAAAUGUGGGAAGUAUACCAUCCCUCCCGGAACGCCAAUGAGCUGCAGCAUCUAUUUCAUGCACUAUGACCAGUCCUUGUUUCCAGAGCCAUUUGAAUUCCGACCAGACCGCUGGAUUGAUGCGGACGAAGCUACUAAGAAGCUCAUGGAACGCCAGUUUGCUCCCUUUGGCCGGGGAACCCGCAACUGCCUGGGAUACAACUUGGGAAUGGCAGAGGUCUAUAUGACUAUAGCUGCUGUAAUAACAAAGUUUGACAUGGAGCCUUAUAAGACAACUCGCAAAGACGUUGACUUGGAGAGGGACUGGCUUAUCCCUCAACCAAGCAAAGAUUCUAAAGGUGUUCAAGUUCUAGUCACAGCAGCGCGUGGGGAAUAA